AUGGUGUUGAAAAAAAUUAAAAUUUUAGACAAGGAAUCAAAAUUAGCGUUCUAUCAUGACGAACAUGUAGUUGUAAUUGAUGCACUAUUAAGAGAGAAAAGAAGAGUAAGAGAUGAAGAUUUAGCUUUGAAACUUAGAUUACCAACGAAAUUCGUUCGAAAGGUACUCAGUGAUUUGAAGAACGAUUCGCUCUUGAAAUCACAGGAGAUAAAGGUUGAACCGAAAGGACCGGGCGAUCGUGCUACCAACGUUGUUCUGUGGUACCUCGAUUACAAGUACUUGAUCGAUGUGCUCAAGUACCGAUUGUACAAGAUUCGUCAGAAGCUAGACGAACAAAAGGCAAAGAAGUUGGAUCUUCAGAGCUAUCGAUGUACCAACUGCUCAAAGAUGUUCACUGCCUACGACAUACCGCGAUUGCUCAACCCGAUGGAAGGUACUCUCGAGUGCGACACAUGCGGUGGUCUGCCACAGGAGGUGAUCAACGCAGAGACACAACGUGCCAACACCGAUCAGUUUGUUCAAAUCAAAAAGAUCAUCGAUCAGCUAAAGAAGACCGACGGUCUUCAAAUCCCGUUGUUUGCACGUGAUCUCGCCGAUGACACACAAGCUGCCGGUCCAUCCCUGACCAUCAACUCAAAUACCAAUCCUGCUUUUUCGAAACCAAUUGGUGCAUUUACAAGAGAUACCAGUAGUAACAACAAUAAUAAUAAUACAGUCAGAGGAUGGAUAGAUCCAUCUGCUCAGAAUUUGGAAUUCUACGUCGAUAUCUACGACUCUGAUAAUAUAGAUGGUUUAUUACCAUCAACUGUAAAAAAAGAAAUUAAGAAAACAGGAGUAUCAGUACCACCUUGGCUCUUAUCUACUAUAUCUAAACCAUCAGAGUUAGAGGCUAUUGCAAAAUCAAAAGUAUCUACUGAAACUGUAAAAAUAGAGAAACAACCACCACUUAAUGUUAUCCCAGCUAAAACAAAGCCAUUGGAUGAGAAAUUCUAUAUAGAUUAUAUAAAUAAACAUUUUAAAGAUGAUAUGAAUAAAGAUAAGGAAAAAGAUAAAGAUAAAGACGGUGAAUCACCAAUCAAAAAGAGAGAACCAUCCGAUGAUAUCGGAUUGGUACCAAAGAAAGCAAAGUUUGAACAUCUACCAGAGAUCUAUAUUGGUGACUCUAAGAAACCAAUCAAUCAAAUAACUGAAGAGGAUCAAGAGAAUAUGACCUCUCAAGAAUAUGAAAAAUUCAAUAAGUUAAAAGUUGUUUAUAUUUAUAAAUUGAAAAACAAUAAACAACCGCAACAACAACAACAAGUAAUUAAUAACUUAAAAAGGUCAAAUAAUAAUAAUAAUAAUAGUAAUAAUAAUAACAACAUUUAA